AACAAAAAUCAAUUUGCAAAUGGGUUUGAUGAGGUUUUCUUUGUUGUGUUUUGUUACGUUUUUCGUUUUGUUUUCACUAAACUUUGACGCGUAUGAAGCAAGAGAGUUUGUAGUCGGUGGAAAAGAGAACUCAUGGCGUAUCCCCACCUCUGCUGACACGUUAAACAUGUGGGCGCAACACGAACGGUUCAAGAUCGGAGAUUCGCUUGUGUUUAAAUACGAUUCGAAGAAUGAUUCGGUGUUACGAGUGGAGGAAGGAGACUACAAGAAAUGCAUCAAAGCCAAGCCGAUCGAAGAGUACCACGAUGGUAACACGACGAUCAAUAUUAACGAGUCAGGGGCAUUCUUUUUCAUUAGUGGUGCUGAUGGACAUUGUGAGAAGGGUGAGAAGGUUGAGAUUAGGGUUUUGUCACACAAACAUAGCGCACCACCACCAUCUCAAGCUCCUAAAUCAUCUCCGGCCACCCUAACUCCGCCGGUUACUCCAGCCGAAUCUCCAAAAUCUGGUUCGGUGGGGUUGGAUCUUUGGAUCAUGGAUGUGUUCGUUGUUGCUGUGGCUACUACCUUGGUUGGAAUCUCUAUGGUUUAAAGAGUUUAUUCAAGUUUUUUUCUAGAUAUGUUUGAAGGUUGUUCUUUUUUUUUUUUUUUUUGAACUUUGCAUGAAUUGUGGUUUGGUUGU